UAUAAUUGGAACCAUCCCUAUGUUUUCACAGUAGACACUAAAACCAACUGCCAGCAGGUUGCUAUGAAAGCAGUGAUAUGCUUGCAGUAAGAAGCAGAUGAAAUUGGAGAAAAUUAUUCUUCCAUCUCAUGGCUUGGUGAAGUUCGUUUACCUGAGCAUUAUUGAACUAUGGUGAUGAUAAUUGAUUCCGAAUUUAACAGUGUUCCAUCUGCGUAAUACCCUGUGAAAAAUGAAGAACUUUUGUUAGGCUGCCUACCACUUUGCUGAGAAGAUGGUGACGACCACUGCAGCAUCAAACCAGCUGGUGCUCUUGGCUCUGUGCUGCUGUGCCUGCUUCUCUGUGUUAAGGAGCAGCAACCACACACUAAUCUUCCAAAAGGAGAGCAACUUUCGGAACUGCAGCUGUAUCUCCAGCAUCCCAGACUGUGUGGUCGCCCGUGCCAACCUUGGGUGCAACUGUCGGACCGUCUUGUCUAAGGAUAUUGAUAAAGCCAGCCCAACCUUUAGUCACAGCAGCAAGUUAGUCGUGUGGGUGUCAGACACCACUACAGUGGGGCUGCUGCUAAACUACUCGUCGGUCCCAAGCCUCACACUUUCGUUGUGCAACCCUGAUGCCGUAUUGACUGAAUACCUUGUCAUCUUUGGCCUGAAAGAACUCAGUGUGACAAAUCCAACGGCAAAUGUGUAUCCACUGCAAAACUUAACGAUAUACAGCACAAGGGGAGCAGUGGUUGAGUCACCUUUGCAGAAUGGUACUGGGUUUUCGUUCUACAUUUCUUUCUUGAACAUGGCGCUAUUAAAUGGAGAUUCCAAAUUAAAAGCCUACUCAGUGCCAGAUGUCACCAACAUUGCAGAAUAUUUUCCAGAUCUUCAAUAUGACACAACUUCUCUGCCUUCGGACACUGGCAGUUCCCUUGUUACAUUCAUCUACGUUUAGAAAUUGCGCAAUCAGUUUGCGUCUGACCAACCAUAAAGAGCCAUGCAGCCAUGCUGCACUCACAAAAAAACCAUGAGUGCACAGAUUUUGAGGAACUUCUGCACACAAAUGUUCCAUUUAUCAUUUCAGUCUAGUUUUAACACAUUUCUGUAGAAAUUUCCCUUAUGAACAAAGGGGGAAGCACAUGAUAAAUAUAUACAUUUUGAUUUGGGCUAACAUAAUGCAAGCAAAGCCAUUUUACUGUUAGAAAGAACUUUCUUUAUUGUAACAGAGAAAAUGUUGAUCAUGGUAAAAACUUUCAAGGCUUCUUCCAUGGAAAUAUAUAUAUAUAUAUAUAAUCACGAAAGACAGACUUUUAUUCUCCAUUUUGCACCAACAUUAUGUGGCACUAACAGCACUGACAAUACCAUACUUUUUUCCGUUUCUUCUGGGCUUGUAUGGCCCAACAUUUCUGGACAGUAAAUUCUUAAACCUUCUUGGGUCAAGAAAAAAAAAAUCACUUCAGGACAAAUGGAAAGGGACUAUGAGUAGUAGGGUGAUCACUUGAGUUUGGUAUGAUGUGCUGCCAAGGAGUUAUUCCCUUAAUGGAGAAUGCCGAAGCAUGACCUCGUUUAAUGUGGGGAGGCUGAUGCAUGGGCAGCCAACACACAGUACUUGACAGAUCAGGGUCAGAGCCUACUGGCAUGGCAUCCAAGAUGACUGGGGAUCCUUCACUGCUACAGGCUUCCUCCACCUUCACUGCUGAGCCUUCCUCCACUGCUGUUGUUAUAUGCCAUCAUCUUCUGCCGUUGAUGUCUUGAUGGAAUCACUCAUUGUCUGGAACCUCUCCCUUGACCUUACAGCCAAGGAUGACCUUACCAGGAGCUAAGAUCCAGAAGGCACCACUCUCACGAUCUCAGGAACACACAAUCCUCUCCACCACGACAAGACGACAAUCCUCAGAGAAGGAAAGGACUACUAACAGUAGUAUUAGAAUUCAUCUGCAUCUUUUUCUAGUAUUAAGACAGCAAUAUGGGUCAUCGCAUCCCAUUUGCCGAAGUUGCUUGAAGGACGUGAACAUCAGAAGUGAGUCUCACAGAACAAUAUUGUUGUAUUUACCUGUAAGAGGCAGCACUGAGAAGGAAAUGUCUGGUUUGGGUACAGAUGAAUGUGUUGAAAGUUCUUGUAGUCAGCAGCAUGUAAUGCAGCAGGUGAAAGGGUCUAAUGCAGCCAACUCUUGAAAGGACAUAUCACUGUACAACCAAAACUGUCCAAGCUACUCGGCUGUUGAUCCUGUGAGUGAAUGGAUGCUGCAGUGACGGCAAGGCGAGGCAAUGGGUGAGUGCUCCCAAUUGUUUAGAGGGAGGUGAGGGGAUUGCACCAAGAACAGUGCCAGGAGGACAAACCCAAAAUGCUGGAGGAACUCUGCAGGUCAGGCCGCAUCUGUGGAGAGGAAUAAAAGGUCUACAUUUCAGGCAAGACCCUUCAUCAGGACCAGAUGGGGCAAGAACAUAGCAGAGACCCUCCAGCUUUUCCUUGGAGAAGGUCACCAGGGGCAUGUUUGAGAGGACUCAUUGUAUAUUCCUAUGAAUUCCUGCACUUUGGAGAAGCAAAAUGUCUCUGCCCACUUUACCUGCUCAUGUAGGUCAAAGGAAUAGUCGAAAAACAUUUCUCUUAUUUGCCAUAGAGUGUGGAUGACAACUUUAAUGCACAGAGAUCAACAACAGCUAGGAAUGGCGCCGAGAUUAAAAGUCUGAGAGCAUCCUAGACCCUGACUACUUCAGGCAAAGUAGCAAAGUGCACAUGUAAUACUGUAUUUGAAGUUGUAGAAAUCACAGAUUUAGAUUUGUUUUUCAGUAUAUUUGAAAAUCACAUUGCAGACGCAUGUUCCAUGAUGCUCCUCUGUUAAAAAUAAGGGAAAGUUUAUGCCAGAAAAUUAAGUUUCAGGAAUAAUGAAAAUUAUGCUGAAAAAGGAGGAAUCUGAUUUCUAAUUGAUGUUAAAAAAACAUAGAAAUGUACACAAAAUUAGUCUUCUCUUGACAAAACUUAUUUCCAGCUUCACAAUAUUGUUUUUAGCAGUGUGAAGGGGUUUUUGGCCCUUAGACCAUAAAUAAAUUUAUGCAUAAGAUGACUUCCAUCUGCUGCAGUUUAAACCUUGAGGUAAUCCAUGCAUGGAAAGUGUUCUUUGCAAAGGAAAUUUGCUGGUAUUAGAGAAAAGCUGUUCCCUUGGCAUUUAAAGGAAACCGGAUACAGGAACAAAUGAAAUGGAUCCAUUUGAGCAUACAUUUAUCCACAACUCACACAUUUUACCCUGGGCUGAUGGCAUUUCUGUGCCCGAUGUACCUUGGCACCACUGAUGUUUAUCCAGCGUCAGUCACGGGUCACACACUACACACUUCCACCACUGCCAGUAUAAAUUGUAGCAUUUGGGUGCAACCUGGGACUUUUGCUCUUCACACACAAAAAGGGACUAGGAGCUUGGAGCUCACCAUGUGAGAAUUGAUCAUAAGACAUAGAUUAAAGGUCUACGCAGUGGCAGAAAGAUAUUUUGUACACAGCUUCCACCAAUCUCAGUCUUCAAAGGUAUCAGUAAGAGAUCCUUUCACUGUCUGCAUCUUUUUUGUACAAAGCAAGUCUAUGCUACAUGCAACAAUCACUUUGUAAUUCCUUAAGCAAAUUCCUUAACUACCCAAUACCUCACGUCAGUGUGGGCUCCACUCAUGGUAUGUUAUUCAAUCAAGGCAGACAGUCAUGUGGAGAUUGCCAAGACCUAAUGGAGAUUAUUGUGUUCCCAGUCCCAUAUUUUCCCUUUCAUACUUGAUACAAAUUUAUGCAGUUGUUCUGUAGAUACCUCCAGAAGGGUAACAACAUAACACCAUAAGACGUAGAUGCAGAACUACGUAAUUUGGCCCAUCAAUUCUGCUCUGAAAUCCAUCCUGGCUGACGUAUUAUCCCUCUCAACCUCAUUCUCAUGCCUUCUCGCUGUACCCUUUGAUGCCCUUUCUAAUCACGAAUCUAUUUAAAAUGUACUCAAUGACUUGGCCCCACAGCCGACUGUGGCAAUGAAUUCCUCAAAUUCACCACCCACUGGCUAAAGAAAUUCUUCCUCAUCACUCUUCUAAAGGGAUGUCUUUCUUUUCUGAAGCUGCGCCCUGCCUUGCAUUUUUGAGCAUUGGACUCUGUCUGUACUUUCUGCUGCCUCAGUAAAGUAGUCAGCAUAAUCAAAGACUUCACCCACCCUGGGCAUUCUGUCCUCUCCCUUCUCCCAUCAGGCAGUAGAUACAAAAACCUGAAAGCACAUACCACCAGGUUCAAGGACGGCUUGUUUUUUUUUAACAGUUUGGAGGAAUAAAAGGAAUUUGGGGUUCACGUACAUAGAUCCCUCAAACUUGCCACACAAGUGGUUAAGAAGGCAUAUGGUAUAUUGACCUUCAUUAUUUGGGGUAUUGAGUUGAAGAGCCACUUUGCAGGUCUAUAAAACUCUGCUUAGACCACACUUGGAGUAUUAUGUUCAGUUCUGGUCGCCACAUUAUAGGAAGGAUGUGUAAGCUUUAGAGAAGAUGCAGAGGAGAUUUACCAGGAUGUUGCCUGGAUCACAGAGUAUGCCUUAUGAGGAGAAGUUGAGGAAGUUAGGACUUUUAUCUUUUGAGCUAAGGAGGAUGAGAAGUACCUUGAUGGAGGUGUAUAAGAUAAUAUGAAAGAUAGACAGAGCCAGAGACUUUUUCCCAAUAAUGAAGGUAGGUGUCCUCAAAGUGUCAGAUUAGCACUUGAAAUGACUUAGCAUAGAGGGCUCUGGGCCAAGUCCUGCAAAUUGGGAUUACGAUAGGUAGAUAUAUGAUACUUCACAAGGACUGAUCAGGCAGAUGGAGCUCAUCAGUCUUAGACAGCAGCCCGCCUAGGAGAAGGAAAACUCUGGUUUUAAACUUCCACUACCUUGCAACCAUACCCACGGGAGAGGCUUCGGGAGUAAACCCUGAGGAAGAGAUCCAGAGCUGUUUGAUGUUGUUUACAAUUUCACUCUGGCAACCUCUGCGACGACACUGUAUUGGCUCUUGCCCUUCCCUUGGACUACAUCAGUGACGUGGCCUGAUUUUAGCCCAAGAACAGUUAGCGCGACAUUAUUACAGCCUGGGGCAUUCGUAGUUCAGAGUUCAAUUCCAGUGUCAUCUGUGAGGAGUUUUCACGUUCUCUCCAUGACCCCGUGGGUUUCCUCCAAGUGCGCCGGCUUCCUAUCACGGCCCAAAGACUUACAGGUUAGUCAUUACAAGUUGUCCUGAGAUUAGGGUAGGGUUAAAUUGGUGGCUUGCCUGGCUGGAAGGGCCUGUUCCACACUGUAUCUCUAAAUUAAAAAAACAAUAAAUAGAUAAGAAGGCAAUGGUACCCAGAAUCUGUACAAUUGAUUUUCUGAAAACCCUAUGCUAUAAAGAUUGUAGGGUCAAUGUAGGGUAACAUGGUUAAAGACCAACAAGACUCCUACAAACUAGGGAGUGGUUCUGCAGUGAUAGCACCAAAGCUACGUUCAGUGUCUCUCCAUGGAAAGCUAUCAUGAAGAGCAAAAUGUUAAGACACCUAUUCCUUUGCUUACAAUUUUGACAAAUUUGUUGUUAAAUUCAGCUUUACUGAAGGGAGAAUAUAAAAAUUCAUAUAUCUGUGCAACGUAUACAUGAUUGACAGUUAAUGAUUCUGCUUUGUGGUAUUGUGGGUACAGGUCAACCACACAAUAACAAAAACUUUGCAGACUAGCUUGUGGUUAAACAGAUUUUCAGACAGAUAUUUUUAAAAUUUUCCCCUCUUCUUAAUGUUCCAAAUCCUAUAAGAUGACCAUACAUAACAAAAGGAGCAUUUGGCCCAUCGAGUCUGCUCCACCAUUCCAUUAGGGCUGAUUUAUUAUCUCUCUUUCCUGCCUUUUCCCCGUAACCUUUGAUCCCCUUACUAAUCAAGAACCUAUUAACCUCAGAUUUAAAUACAGUGUAUUCCGAUUAAUUGGGACACAUUGGUACCUGUACAUUUUGGCCCAAUUAAGCAACUGCCCCAGUUAGCCAGAGUUUCAUAGAAAUAGUUUAAAAAGUACAAAAGGACCAACUGUCAUUUAACUGAGUAACAAAUUAUGUAUUUAAAAGAAAUGCAGAACAAAUUAGAACAUUACCAAUGCCUCUACAGUACUAUAAAACUGUGUUUUAGUUCUUAUUAGUUAUCUACGGAAGAAUUCAUCCAUGUUCUUACGAUUGACUGUAAAUAAAUAAAAUCAGCACAGACACCUACUGCAGAUAAUGGAUUGUCUUUGUACAAUGCUAUCAACAAUUACAUCCUCCUUAUCUUCAUUUUCAUUGUAACAUUCAAGGUGGUUGGAAUAUCUUCAAAUUCUUUGUAAUCCCUUACUUAUUGAAAUAGUGAAAUCAUCUCACUUUCACUCCCAGCCAUUUUUGGCAUCUCCAAGCCUGAAUGUUUGAAACCGUAGUGAGCAAAUCAGUUCUGAAUUGUUUUACUGCUUAUUCCUCACCAACUAUCAGUGACAAAAAUCACUGACUUGAACACGCACAACACACACACACACACACACACACACACACACACGCAGUGCUAUUUAAGAAGAAUUUGCUCUAAGUAUACUGUAUUGUCCAACAGACACACAAGUGCACAAGACUGACACUAGUUAGAAAUUGGCUGGCAACAGUCUCCUGUCCCAAUUAAGCUGCAUAGCGUCCCAAAUUAACAAAAGGAAUCCUGGCUAUUUUCUCAAUUAGUUUUAGUUCUUUAGGAGUUGCCCUAAAUAAGCGGCUGCCCCAAUUAAUGGAAUCUACUGUAUGCCCAAUAACUUUUAGCCUCCACAACUGACUACGGUAAUGAAUUCCACAGAUUCACCAACCUCUGGCAAAUGAAACUUCUCACUUUUGUGCUAAAGGGACAUCCUUUUAUUCGGAGGCUGUUACUUCUGGUUCUAUACCCUCUCACUACUGGAAACAACCUCUCCAUGUACAUUCAGUGUAUGCCUUUUGAUAUUCAGUAGUUUUCAAUGUGAUUCCCCCCCCCCCCCGCCACCCCAUCAUCAUCCUAAAUCCCAGCAAGUACAGGCCAGAGCCAUCAAACACUCCUCAUAUGUUAAGCCUUUGAUUCAUAGGGUCACUCUUGUAAAACUUCUCUGCAGCCUUUCCAACACCAGUACAUAUGGGGCUCAGAACUGUGCACGGUACUCCAAAUGUGGUCUGACAAAGGCCUUAUAAAGGCUCAGCAUGACACCCUAUGCUAGUCAUCUUAAAAUAAAUGCUAAAAUUGCAUUUGCCUUCCUUACUAGCAACUCAACAUACAAGUUAACAUUUCGGGAAUACUGCUCUCGGACACUCAAGUCCCUAUACACCUCUCUUCCAAUUUAAAAAAAUAGCUUAUGCCUUGAUUCCUUCUACCGAAGAGCGUGGCCAUAUCAAUUCCAGGUGCUAUAUUCCAUCUGCCACUUCUUUGCCCAUUCUCCCAAUCUAUCCAAGUGCUUCUGCAGACUCCCUGCUUCCUCAACGCUACCUUCCCCACACCUAUCUUGUUACCAUCCACAAAGUUGGUCCCAAAAACAUCAAUUCCAUGAUCUAUAUAAUUAAUAUCUAACCUGAACAGGACUCGAUCCAACACCGACCCCUGUGGAUCACCACUUGUCACUGGUAGCCAUCUAGAAAAGGCUCCCUUUAUUCCCACUCUUAGUCUUCAGCUAGUCAGCCAAUCUUCUGUUCAGUACCUUUCCUGCAAUACCACAGACUCUGUAUUGUUUAAAAGCCUCACGUGCAGCACCUUCUCAAAAGUCGCUCUAAAAUUCAAUUAAAAAAACAUACUCUGCCACUCCUUUGUUGAUCCUGCUUGUUGUUUCCUCAAAUAAUUCCAACAGAUUUGUCAGGCAAAAUCUCCCUUCAAGGACACAAUCCUGACUUUGGUGCUUUUUAUCAUGUGCUUCCAAGUACCCAGAAAGCUCAUCCUUAAUAAUGGACUCUAAAAUCCUACCAACCACUAAAGUCUUUCUUCCUUCUUAAUGAGUGGAUCAACUUUCAACUCCUCUGGAAUCAGUCCUGAUUCCAGUGAUUCUUGAAAGACCACCACUAAUGCCUCCACAAGCUCUUCAGCCGCCUCUUUCAAAACACCGUGAUGUAUUCUGUCUGGUCCAAGUGAUUAAUCCAUCUUCAGACCUUUCAGCUUCCCAAGCAUGUUCUUCUUGGUGAUAACAACUACAUUUACUUCCGACCCACCCCACCUCCGACUCUCUCUGGCAUGUUGCAUUAAGAUUGAUACAAAACUCUUAGUCAAUUCUUCAGCCAUUUCUUUAUUCCUUAUUACUACUUCACCAUUUUCCAGUGGUCUAAUGUCCAGUUUUGCCUCUCUAUUACUCGUUAUAUCUCUGAAAAAAAUCUUUUGAUAUCCUCAUAUUAUUGACUAGCACACCUUCACAUUUCAUAUUUUCUGACUGCUUCUCCCUUUCUAUUUUUUAAAAGUUUCCCAAUCUUCUACCUUCCCACUAAUUUUUGCAAUAUUGCAUAUCCUCUUCUGCUUUUAAGCUUUCUUUGGCUUCCCUUGUCAGCCACAGUUACUUCAUUCUCUCUUCCUCUUGUUUGGGAAGAAAUGAUACAGUACCUUCUGGAUUAAUCCCAGAAACUCCUGCCAUCGUUGUUCUGCUAGGAUCCCUGCCAAUGAACUAAGACCAGCCCUCUUGCCUCUGUAAUUACAUUUGCUCAACUGUAUUGCCGAUACAGCUAAUUUUAACUUCACCCUCUCAAACUGCAGAGUAGUUCCAUCAGGGACCCCUACUCUUUGUGAUUUUUAUAAAUGACCUAGAUGAGGAAGUGGAGGGAUGGGUUAGUAAAUUUGCUGAUGACCCAAAGGUUGGGGGUGUUGUGGAUAAUGUGGAGGGCUGUCAGAGGUUACAGCGGGGCAUCAAUAGGAUGCAAAACUGGGCUGAGAAGUGUGAGGUGGUUCAUUUUGCUAGGUCAACUAUGAUGGCAGAAUAUAGUAUUAAUGGUAAGAUUCUUGGCAGUGUGGAGGAUCAGAGGGAUCUUGGGGUCUGAGUCCAUUGGACACUCAAAGCUGCUGCACAGGUUGACUCUGUGGUUAAGAAGGCACAUGGUGCAUUGGCCUUCAUCAACCAUGGGAUUGAGUUUAAGCGCCGAGACGUAACGUUACAGCUCUAUAGGACCCUGGUCAGACCUCACUUGGAGUACUGUGCUCAGUUCUGGUUACCUACAGGAAAGAUGUGGAAACUAUAGAAAGGACACAGAGGACAUUUAAAAGGAUGUUGCCUGGAUUGGGGAGCAUGCCAUAUGAGAAUAAGUUGAACUCGGCCUUUUCUCCUUGUAAUGGCAGAGGAUGAGAGGUGACCUGACAGAGGUGUAUAAGACGAUGAGAGUCAUUGAUUGUGUGGAUAGUCAGAGGCUUUUUCUCAGGGCUGAAAUGGCUAACACAAGAGGGCACAGUUUUAAGGUGCUUGGAAGCAGGUAGAGAGGAAAUGUCAGGGGUAAGUUUUUCACGCAGAGAGUGGUGAGUGUGUGGAAUGGGCUGCCGGCGACGGUGAUGGAGGUGGAUAUGAUAGGGUCUUUUAAGAGACUCCUGGAUAGGUAGAGGGAGCUUAGAAAAAUAGAGGGCUAUGUGUAACCCAAGGUAAUUUCUAAAGUAAGUACAUGUUCGGCACAGCGUUGUGGGCCACAGGGCCUGUAUCGUGCUGUAGGUUUUCUAUGUUUCUAUGUUUCUGUUAUGUCCACUGUCACCUAAGAGUUUCUUUACCUUGAGUUCACUGAUUAAAUCUGGUUCAUUACACAACACUAAAUCCAGAACUGUCCUUUCCUUAGUGGUUUUGACUACAAGCUGCUCUAAAAAAGUUAUUUCAUUGGCAUUCUACAUAUUCCUUCUCUUGAGAUCCAGCACCAACCUGUUUUCCCAAUCUACCUGCAUAUUUAAAUCCCUCAUGAAACAAUGUUUUUCUUACAUACCUUUUCCAUUUCCUUUUGCAAUUUGAAACUCACAUCCUGGCUGCUACUUGGAGGCCAGUAGGAACUCCCAUCAGGGUCUCUUUACCCUUGCAUUUUCUACCCACACAAUCUUCUGAUCCUCUGUCACUUCUUGUUAAAUGUUUCCAUGGCAUUUGCUAUUUUCAAAGCGGCCAUGAGAAAUACACAUGCUACAAAAAAGUUAUUUUCCAUUUCUUCUAUCCCAUCCAGCCUGCAGAGAAACAUUUCAGCUCUUACAGACUAAGAAGACAAUGACAAAGAUCUUAUUAGCCACAAACACAAGGAAAUCUGCAGAUGCUGGAAUUUCAUGCAACACACAUAAAAAUUGCUAGUGAACGCAG